GGACAUCACGGAAAAAAAAAACGUAACGGCGGCAGCAGCGCGAACCUUUUUUACGUCGAGCUUGGCUCUCUACGCUGCGCCGAGCCCGCGCCAUCAUAGCGGCCCCGGACUAUGCCCGGUGCGGCGCCGACGAGCGGAAAGACCACUUGACGGGCCUACGACGAGGUCCGCGCCGCUGCCGGGAGGGAAAGAAACACAUUUGUUCGUAUGGGAGCAGCAUGCGGGAAAUGGUCGGCGGUUGCUGCGUGUGUUCCGACGAGCGAGGCUGGGCAGAGAAUCCGCUGGUUUACUGUGACGGACACGGCUGUAACGUCGCCGUGCAUCAAGCAUGCUAUGGCAUCGUACAGGUGCCCACUGGCCCGUGGUUCUGUCGAAAGUGUGAGUCACAGGAGAGAGCUGCUCGAGUGAGGUGUGAGCUGUGCCCUCACAAAGAUGGCGCACUAAAGAGGACAGACAAUGGAGGUUGGGCUCACGUUGUGUGCGCGCUCUACAUCCCUGAGGUGCAGUUUGCAAACGUCCUUACCAUGGAGCCCAUCAUCCUUCAGUAUGUUCCACAUGAGCGAUACAUGAAGACAUGUUACAUCUGUGAGGACCACGGCCGAGAGAGCAAGGCGGCAUGUGGCGCAUGCAUGGCCUGUAACAGACAGGGCUGCAGACAGGCAUUCCAUGUCACCUGUGCUCAGAUGGCAGGUCUGCUGUGUGAGGAGGAAGGCCCGGAAGCUGACAAUGUCAAAUAUUGUGGCUACUGCAAGCACCACUAUAACAAAAUGCAAAAGAAACUGCGCUCGAGUGAAAAUACAGGUAGUGCUUUCAGUCAUUCCAGGGGGCGCUCUACUUCUCCAUCGCAAGACAAACACCACCACCACCACCGGCAGAGGAAGAGUCAUAAGGACAAGAUGCGUCAGAAGGAGCGGCACAAGAAGACUUCGGACAACUUGGUCCCUGCGGUAAUGCAGAGCAGUAUAGACAUGCUCUCUUCUAGUCAUCACAGCCCCAAAGACAGUGAGGGAAAGUCCAAGAAGCUCAGCUCACACAGUCACAGUCAUCGCAGUAAGAAAACCGGAAGCAGCGGCAAGAGCUGCUCCUCCUCUUCCUGCUCAUCCAGUCCAUUUAAUCCAGCUCCAGAUUUUCAUCAGUUCUCCUCCCCCCGCCUGGAGCGUGACCAUAGUAGCGAGGACCGCAAAGCGCGUCACAGGAGGCUCGCGGUCCAGGAGGAGGCUGUGGAUGAUGAAAAGAAUGAAGACAAAGAUGAGGACGACAAGGAAGAAGAGGCUCGUAAAUAUCACAAGCCGCCAGCAUUGACUCCCACUGAAGGCCAACUGGCACGGUCGCAGGGUCACGAUCAGUCAGAUGGGACCUCGAGCCCCUUUGAGAACAAGGUCACAAUUUCAACUUUUGGAUCCAUCAUGCGCAUCACCUCCACAUCCGCGCUGGGUAGCAGCAGCAAGAUCCGCAAGCUCUCCACGGUCGACUACAAACCCUCCAAGUCUCUGUGCAAGCUCUCUCAGCUGAGCACGCCGCCCAUUCCGGAAGAGGCGGACCAAGAGGGCAAAAGCAGCCCCGCGACUCUGACGCGAGAGAGACGACACCGCGGCAACAAAAAGAGUCGCCACGGUCCAGGGCGGCCUCGGGGCAGCAAGAACCAAGAGAGGAGGGAGGACGCGCAUCAUCACCACCACCACGACAACACGCCUCCUCCUCAUCCAGUCUUCACCCCCUCGCUCUACCCAAGCCCGUCUUCCAUUCCGCAACCUUCCUUCUCCGCCGCACUGCCUACCGCCACCACCACCCUUUCCUCCUUGUCACACUCAUCCUCCUCAACGAGCAGCUUUUCCACAAGCCGUGGGAGCUCACUGCUUGGCUCGGGUAUCUAUUCCAGCCUAAAAAACCCUCUCACCGCUUGUGGUGGUAUCUGCAGCACCUCUGUGUCUCUGGGCGGAGGAGUGUGUAGCGCCUCUCUCUCAACAGGAGUCCUUCCGUCCCACGCGCUCUCUCUACCACCAGCCAACGCCGUCACAAACCCACAGGUGCAUCCAGGGUAUAGCAGCGUGACCUCCUCACAACCUUUCACCAGUGGUCUUUCCACACUGCCGCCACUACUGAGCCAAGCCCCGACCUCACUACCAGAGUCUGACCUUGAUGACUGUCACUUCCCAUGUCAAGGAAACUCACCAAGGGAGAGUCUUUCAUCACAGUAUGUCACUUGGUCUCCGAUGAGCUCCCUUCCCCUUCUGUUUGACCAGAGAGAUGGCUUAGGUGCAGGAGUCCGAGCGUGUCCUGAGAACAUCCCCCAGUCCAGCUCCCACAUUGAGCUCCUGCUGGAGAAACAUGGCAAUGGAGAGAUGGGAGUCAACAUCGUCGAGAUGCUGCAGUCGCUUCAUUCACUGCAACAAGAGAACCAGCGCCUCCAAGACCAGAUUCUCAGCCUGACAGCCAAGAGAGAGCGGAUGCAGCUGCUCAACACAGAGUUGGCCGUACCUUUCCCUCAUGGUCUUUCUGUCCAAGCCUCUUUGCACGCCGCUUCCCAGGUCAACUUCCUGUCCUCCAGUCCAGACCCCCUUAUCACCAGUAACAGUGCCCUGUCCAAGACCUGUUUCCUUAACGACACUUCCUUCGUUACCUCCUCUGAGGACCUGCACUCUGGUAGUCCGUCCCGCAGUAGCUCCUCCCUUUCCUUCCAGAGUACCCCUCCUCCGCAACAAAGCCCCGCCUCCUUAAGUCAGCCCGUGCUGAACGGACGAGCUUCGAGCGACGGUUUAGGGACAAUCAGCCAGGCUGGCAGCUCCACUCAGCCUUUGGCGGGCGGGCUGUUGGCGUCUCUUGUAGGAAGCCCUCAACUGAGCAUGACCGGCGCGCUCAGCCUUUUAAACGGGGUGAUCCAGUCUGCUGUCCAAAGCGCCUCGCAGUGCACACUCCCUGCUCUACGACCCCAGCCGCCUCCACUCCACCCCCAGUCCGCGGCACAGCGCUUUCAGCUUCCCAAGAGUGCGAGCCCAUCUUCUCUCCUGUCCGAGCAGCAAAAGCAGCUACUUGUGGAGCAGCAGCAACAGCUCCAACACUUCCUGACGUCACAGAACUUCACUCCGGAGCAGCGGGCGGUGGUUUGCCAGAUGCUGCAGCAACAAAAGCACAGGGAGCUGCAACGCCUCACGCUGGCAGGAGCCCUGACGUCCGCACCGAGCUCGCCCAACCUGCUGUCCUCGGUGGCCGCAUCCCCCCUGCAGGGCAGCCAAGGGGGCAACCUCUUCGGUCUGCAGGAGGGUGCGCUUCACAAGCCUGCUGCGGGAGAAAAAAGUGGAGACAAGAACGGGUGAUCGGUCGUCAGAAGAACAUAUCAGGCAUCGCUUCUUGAGGAAGACGUGAGGUCACGUUUCUUUCAUUUCUCCGCCCUCUUUUAUGAAUGUACAACAGGAUGGACUUAAAGGGUGAGAUUUUAUUCGUGUUAAAAGUUUAUUUUCUAUGUUUUAUUUGAUACAGGCAGCUUUCAGAGAAAAACUCUCUUUUUUUCAAUUGCACUAAAUUUUAUUUGACCAACAGACUUGACGUUCGAAGUCUCAAGCACUGAUCCUUAAGGAACCCUUCAAGAAUACAUUUUUACUUUUACAUGUCGGGUGUUGCAGAUUCCCGCCGCUUGUUGCAACUUCUGUCUUCCUGGACUUGUUGUCUUCCCGUCGUGUCCGCCCCCGCCCACAUUUCCUCUCCAAACGCGUGCGUUUUAUAUGAUUUCGAUAUGCGGCAUUUCAACGUUAACUAGAUAUUACCUCAACAUUUCCAGACAUUUUUGUUUUUCUAUCGUGAUGUGUGCUUUCCAUUUUGUGAAAGCUCGUUUUUUACUACUGGAUUUAAAAAAAAAAGAAGAAAAAAAGAAAAGAAAUGGCAUCGGUGAGUAGAAGAAGCAUGUGUUUUUUUUCCAGUUGCUAGGGAGAUUAAGAGGACGAAACCAAACAUUUGGAAGUGUGCACUUUGCAUGUUGGUAGCUAGUCAUUAACGCAUAGGACGCUCAGUACCUGCUUUUUGAUUUACAAGAGGAUUAGGCACGGCAAUUUUUACAUAUUUUCUGUUUUCAUGUCAGCUGUUCCUUUAGCAAUACUGGAUAGAUAAUGCCUUAAUGAUGUUAGAUUCACAGAAAAAACCUAAUCUUUACUUCGCUAGUCUUUUGUAAUCCAGGGUACACGGGGAUUUGCCCACUCAGCACUCUUCCUAGACCCUUUUAUACAUUUUAUAGAUGUCAUCAUAUGUGAAUAACCUGAUAGUGAUAACAGAAAGCCUCUUUUCUAUGGUAUUUUUCUGUGUUCCGAUGCAACGUUGUCAUGUGCUUCUGAGAUGUGCGACACAAGGACAGGAUUUAAAUAUUAGAUAAGGACCAGGGAGGGGAGGGGGGUUGAUAUUUAUUUGUGCUCAGCGCCCAGUGACCAGCAUCCUGCUCUCAAGGAUGAAAGUAAAACCAAUGAGACACGAGGAGACAUCCAAGUCACCGAGGAAGUAAAAAUAUGAGAAUUAGAAUUUGAAACAUUGCCAAAUUCCGCCUCGGACAGAAAAAAAAGAAUCAUUAUUUAUGCCGUGAAGAGUUUUUGGGUCUUGUCAAUUAGCGGUGGUUAAAACCGAGCAGCUGGAAUUGUACAUGUUUGUUAUUUAGGGCUAUUCCACCAAAUCGGUCAACGCUCUCAACAAAAAAAAAACUCAACUCAAGGCCUCGUUCACAAUGCAGCUCAAUUCCAGUUUUUUUUCCAGUUGAGCUUUUUUAAUUGCAUUUUUCGUGUAUGGAUAUAAAUCAGAUUAAUCCGAUGCAACCAAAGUCUGAAUGUUCAGGUUGCGUUCAUUGUGAGGCAUAAAGCUUAUGAAGCAAUCACAAAAAUGUACACUACAGUUUGCUUCAUAAAAAAUAUAUAUUUUACAGGUAAUUUUUAUCGUGAGUUUUACACAAGUCCCAAUUUUUUUUGUCCGCCGAGAGAACAGACUUUCAGAUUUUCCCUUUAUACAACAUGACAUUUAGGGAGUGUUUUCAUUAAAAAUGGGAUCCAAUAUCAUUAAAAAGCCUAUGAAAUGAGCAAAGUAGGACCGCGUCAAAGAAAAUGUUGCACUAGCGGCGUUAGACACGACAGAAAAACGUCUUUUCUCGCACAUGCUUACAAGUUAGUCUUUUAACCAUUAGAGGAAUUGUUUUUUUUUUGUUUUUUUACAUGUAAUAUUUCGUUGUGUAGCAAUCUUGUCUUUUUUGUCACCUCUCCAACUAUGAAGAUAAUCUCCUACACGCCACAUUUGGAGUUCUAUUCGGAAGUACUAUUGGAGCAAAACAAAAAAAAUCUAUUUUAUUCUGUGUGUGUGUGUGUGUGUGUGUGUAGAUCCAUGUGUGCAACAGGAAAUUGGCCCUUGUGGGUGAAUGUUGUCUGUGUUGGCCCUGCGAUGAGGUGGCGACUUGUCCAGGGUGUACCUUACCUUCCGCCCGAGUGCAGCUGGAAUAGGCUCCAGCACCCCCCGCGACCAUGAGAGGGACAAGCGGUUAAAAAUGGAUGAAUGACCACUACAGUAUAUGAAAAAAUAAACACCAGCAUACACAAAAACACAUCAGCUGAAUUGGUUUUAAUUAGGGAUGUCCGAUAAUGGCUUUUUGCCGAUAUCCGAUAUUCCGAUAUUGUCCAACUCUUUAAUUACCGAUACCGAUAUCAACCGAUAUAUGCAGUCGUGGAAUUAACACAUUAUUAUGCCUAAUUUGGACAACCAGGUAUGGUGAAGAUAAGGUACUUUUUUUUUUUAAUUAAUAAAAUAAGAUAAAUAAAUUAAAAACAUUUUCUUGAAUAAAAAAGAAAGUAAAACAAUAUAAAAACAGUUACAUAGAAACUAGUAAUUAAUGAAAAUUAGUAAAAUUAACUGUUAAAGGUUAGUACUAUUAGUGGACCAGCAGCACGCACAAUCAUGUGUGCUUACAGACUGUAUCCCUUGCAGAUUGUAUUGAUAUAUAUUGAUAUAUAAUGUAGGAACCAGAAUAUUAAUAACAGAAAGAAACAACCCUUUUGUGUAAAUGAGUGUAAAUGGGGGAGGGAGAUUUUUUGGGUUUGUGCACUAAUUGUAAGUGUAUCUUGUGUUUUUUGUGUUGAUUUAAUAAAAAAUAAAAACCGAUACCGAUAAUAAUAAAAUAAAGAUACCGAUAAUUUCCGAUAUUACAUUUUAACGCAUUUAUCGGCCGAUAUUAUCGGACAUCCCUAGUUUUAAUCAACCCCUGAAAGGGGACCUCUUUUUGUAGACCUAGGAUCUGGAAAAUUCCAAAUUAAACCAUGGAUGCAUGGCGGAGAUAUUUAUAAAACAAUCUUGCCUUCCUUCAUACUUCCGCCGUUUGGAAUUUGCCCCAUUUGACGUUUUUACUAGAGUCCGAUAAUAUCGUUCUGCCGAUAUUAUCGGCCGAUAAAUGCUUUAAAAUGUAAUAUCAGAAAUUAUCGGUGUCGGUUUCAAAAAGUAAAAUUUAUGACUUUUUAAAACGCCGCUGUACGGAGUGGUACACGGACGUAGGGAGAAGUACAGAGCGCCAAUAAACCUUAAAGGCACUGCCUUUGCGUGCCGGCCCAAUCAAAUAAUAUCUACGGCUUUUCACACACACAAGUGAAUGCAAUGCAUACUUGGUUAACAGCCAUACAGGUCACACUGAGGGUGGCCGUAUAAACAACUUUAGUACUCAAAGCGCUUUGACACUACUUCCACAUUUACCCAUUCACACACAAAUUCACACACUGCUGGAGGGAGCUGCCAUGCAAGGCGCUAACCAGCACCCAUCAGGAGCAAGGGUGAAGUGUCUUGCUCAGGACACAACGGACAUGACGAGGUUGGUAGAAAAGCGCUAUACAAGUACAACCCAUUAUAACACUGUUACAAAUAUGCGCCACACUGUGAACCCACACCAAACAAGAAUGACAAACACAUUUUGGAGAACACCCGCACCGUAACACAACAGAACAAAUACCCAGAACCCUUUGCAGCACUAACUCUUCCGGGACGCUACAAUAUACACCCCCUGCUACCCCCUAAUCCCCCCCCCCACUUUGUGACUUCAAUAAUAAAUAUGGCAGUGCCAUGUUGGCAUUUUUUUCCAUAACUUGAGUUGAUUUAUUUUGGAAAACCUUGUUACAUUGUUUAAUGCAUCCAGCAUGGCAUCACAACAAAAUUAGGCAUAAUAAUGUGUUAAUUCCACGACUGUAUAUAUCAGUAUCGGUUGAUAUCGGAAUCGGUAAUUAAGAGUUGGACAAUAUCGGUUAUCGGCAAAAAAGCCAUUAUCGGACAUCUCUAGUUUUUACCAUUUGUGAUGUCAGCGGAUAUCUCCAUAUAUGGUAACGUUUUACCCAAAGAGCUUUGUGCGAGUCCGCCAUUGUAGUCAAUAAGUUCCUUCUUUGUUAUUUGUUUGUCUGUGAUAAGAUUUGUUUGGGGGGGAAAAAAUGUUAGAUUUGUGUGUGUGUGUGGGUGAUACUGAAAGGCCAUACCAGGCUGAUAUUUAUUUACUUGUAAUUUCAUGAUCAUUGAACAAGUUUGUCACGACAGGAGUGCCAAACAACAACUAAAAACAAUGAUUUAAAUUGUUGAUAAGGCAAUAUUUCAAUUAUAGAUUGUCAUAUUUAUAAUAACCUGAUUUUUACAGUCCGUCCAUCCAUCCAUUUUCUACCGCUUGUCCCCCCCGGUGACCUGUGUGUUAAUCUAGUCCAGAUUUGAGAACUUUUAAGUAAAUUUGUUUUGAAACUGGACCUGAAUAAUAGUGAUCUACAUGGUGAAAACGGGGUAGAAUGUGACUUUAUUACAUUUUCACAAAUAGAUGAAAGCUUUCACUAACCAAACACUUUGUUGUACUGAAUCUUUACACACCUAUAUUCAUCUUUUUGUCAUAUUGUUGUUAUUUUUGCCCUACACUAGUGACAAGUGAUUCAAAGAUUUUGACAUUUCAAGUCAAAAGUAUCAGUCUGAUAUCGACUACCAGUAUCACCCACCAUUUAAACAUGGAAGCCUGCUUGACAUUGCCAGGUGCUCGGCGCCUACUAGUGGUGAGUACGGGCAAACACGGACACACAGAUUGUUUUAAGCACACACAAAUCUAAACACGGACACACAAAUUAGAACACGAACACGCGGAUCUGAUUACACACAGACACACAAAUGUAAACACAGAUACAAACUAGAACAUGGACAUGCGGAUCUGAUUACACAGAUACACAAAUGUAAACACAGACACACAAACUAAAACACGGACACGCAGAUCUGAUUACACACAGACACACAAAUGUAAACACAGACACAAACUAGAACACGGACAUGCGGCUCGGAUUACACAGAUACACAAAUGUAAACAUAGACACACAAACACAGACACGCGGAUUUUAUUACACAUAGACACAGAAAUGUAAACAGACACACAAACGGACACACAGAUCUGAUUACACACAGACACACAAACUAGAACACGGACACAGGGAUCUGAUUACACACCGACACACAAUUGUAAACACAGACACACAAACUAGAACACGGACAUGUGGAUCUUAUGACACACAGACACACACAUGUAAGCACAGACACAUAAACUAGAACACGGACAUGUGGAUCUUAUGACACACAGACACACACAUGUAAGCACAGACACAUAAACUAGAACACGGACACGUGGAUCUGAUUUCACACAGACAAAUGAAAACACAGACACACAAAUGUAAACACAGACACACAAACUAGAACAUGGACACGUGGAUCUUAUUACACACAGACACAAAAAUGUAAACACAGACACACAAACUACAACAUGGACACGCGGAUCUGAUUACACACAGACACACAAAUGUAAACAUGGACACACAAACUAGAACAUCGACAAGUGGAUAUGUUUACACACAGACACACAAACGGACACACAGAUCUUAUUACACACAGACACACAAAUGUAAGCACAGACACAAACUAGAACACAGGCACGCAUAUGUAUUACAAACAGACCCAAAAAUGUAAACACAGACACACAAACUACAACAUGGACACGCGGAUCUGAUUACACACAGACACACAAACUAGAACACGGACACGUGGAUCUGAUUACACACAGACACACAAAUGUAAACACAGGCACACCAACUAGAACACAGACACACGGCUCUGAUUACACACAGACACACAAAUGUAAACACAGACACAUAAACUAGAACACGGACACGCGGAUCUGAUUACACACAGACACGCAAAUGAAAACACAGGCACACAAAUGUAAUCACGGACACACAAACUAGAACAUGGACACGCGAAUGUUAUUACACACAGACACACAAACUAGAAGACAGACACGCGGAUCAUAUUACAGACAGACACACAAAUGUAAACACAGACACACAAACUAGAACACGGACACGCGGCUCUUAUUACAGACAGACACACAAAUGUAAACACAGACACACAAACUAGAACACGGAUACGCGGAUAUGAAUACACACAGACACACAAAUGUAAACACAGACACACCAACUAGAACACGGACAUGCGGAUCUGAUUACACACAGACACACAAAUGUAAACACAGACACAUAAACUAGAACACGGACACGUGGAUCUGAUUACACACAAAUGUAAACAUGGACACACAAACUAGAACAUCGACAAGUGGAUCUUUUUACACACAGACACACAAACGGACACACAGAUAUGAUUACACACAGACACACAAAUGUAAAUACAGACGCACAAACACGGACACGCGGAUCUUAUUACACACAGACACAGAAAUGUAAACACAGACAUACAAACGGACACAGAUCUGAUUACACACAGACACACAAACUAGAACACGAACACGCGGAUCUGAUUACACACAGACACACAAAUGUAAACACAGACACACAAACUAGAACAUGGACACGUGGAUCUUAUUACACACAGACACACAAAUGUAAGCACAGACACAAACUAGAACACAGGCACGCAUAUGUAUUACAAACAGACACAAAAAUGUAAACACAGACACACAAACUACAACAUGGACACGCGGAUCUGAUUACACACAGACACACAAACUAGAACACGGACACGCGGAUCUGAUUACACACAGACACACAAAUGUAAACACAGGCACACCAACUAGAACACAGACACACGGCUCUGAUUACACACAGACACACAAAUGUAAACACAGACACAUAAACUAGAACACGGACACGCGGAUCUGAUUACACACAGACACGCAAAUGAAAACACAGGCACACAAAUGUAAUCACGGACACACAAACUAGAACAUGGACACGCGAAUGUUAUUACACACAGACACACAAACUAGAAGACAGACACGCGGAUCAUAUUACAGACAGACACACAAAUGUAAACACAGACACACAAACUAGAACACGGACACGCGGCUCUUAUUACAGACAGACACACAAAUGUAAACACAGACACACAAACUAGAACACGGAUACGCGGAUAUGAAUACACACAGACACACAAAUGUAAACACAGACACACCAACUAGAACACGGACAUGCGGAUCUGAUUACACACAGACACACAAAUGUAAACACAGACACAUAAACUAGAACACGGACACGUGGAUCUGAUUACACACAGACACACAAAUGAAAACACAGAGACACAAAUGUAAACACGGACACACAAACUAGAAGACGGACACACGGAUCUUAUUACAGACAGACACACAAAUGUAAACACAGACACACAAACUGGAACACAGGCACGCGGAUCUAAUUACACACAGACACACAAAUGUAAACACAGAGACACAAAUGUAAACACGGACACACGAACUAGAAGACGGACACACGGAUCUUAUUACAGACAGACACACAAAUGUAAACACAGACACACAAACUGGAACACAGGCACGCGGAUCUAAUUACACACAGACACACAAAUGUAAACACAGACACAUAAACUUCAACACGGACGCGCGGAUAUGAAUACACACAGACACACAAAUGUAAACACAGACACACAAAUGUAAACACGGACACAAACUACAACAUGGAUACGCGGAUGUAAUUACAGUCAGACACACAAAUGUAAACACAGGCACACAAACUACAACACAGGCACGCAGAUCUUAUUACACACAGACACAAAUGUAAACACAGACACAUAAACUACAACACGGAUACGCGGAUCUGAUUACACACAGACACACAAAUGUAAACACAGACACACAAAAUAGAACACGGACAUGCGGAUCUGAUUACACAGACACACAAAUGUAAACACGGACACACAAACUGGAACAUGGACACGUGGAUCUUUUUACACACAGACACACAAAUGUAAACACAGACACACAGAUCUGAUUACACACAGACACACAAAUGUAAACAUAGACAUACAAACACGGACACGCGGAUUUUAUUACACACAGACACCGAAAUGUAAACACAGACACACAAACGGACACACAGAUCUGAUUACACACAGACACACAAACUAGAACACAGACACGCGGCUCUUAUUACAGACAGACACACAAAUGUAAACACAGACACAAACUACAACAUGGACACGUGGAUCUGAUUACACACAGACACACAAAUGAAAACACAGACACACAAAUGUAAACACAGACACACAAACUACAACAUGGACACGCGGAUGUUAUAAUAAAGUACUUUCUAUUCUAUUCUAUUACACACAGACACACAAACUAGCACACGGACACGCGGAUCUUAUUACACACAGACACACAAACUACAACACAGGCACGUGGGUCUUAUUACACACAGACACACAAAUGUAAACACACACACAUAAACUACAACACGGAUACACGGAUAUGAUUACACACAGACACACAAAUGUAAACACAGACACACAAACUACAACACAGGCACACAGGUCUUAUUACACACAGACACACAAAUGUAAACACACACAUAAACUACAACACAGGCACGCGGGUCUUAUUACACACAGACACACAAAUGUAAACACAGACACACAAACUACAACACAGGCACGCGGGUCUUAUUACACACAGACACACAAAUGUAAACACAGACACAUAAACUACAACACUGAUACACAUAAAUGAUUACACACAGACACACAAAUGUAAACACAGACGCACAAACUACAACACAGGCACGCGGGUCUUAUUACACACAGACACACAAAUGUAAACACAGACACAUAAACUACAACACGGAUACACAUAAAUGAUUACACACAGACACACAAAUGUAAACACAGACGCACAAACUACAACACAGGCACGCGGGUCUUAUUACACACAGACACACAAAUGCAAACACCGACACAUAAACUACAACACGGACACGCGGAUAUGAUUACACACAGACACACAAAUGUAUACACAAACACACAAACUAGAACACGGACACGUGGCUCUUAUUACAGACAGACACACAAAUGUAAACACAGAUACACAAACUACAACAAAGGAACGCGGGUCUUAUUACACACAGACACACAAAUGUAAACACAGACACAUAAACUACAACACGUAUACGCGGAUAUGAUUACACACAGACACACAAAUGUAAACACAGACACACAAACUACAACACAGGCACGCGGGUCUUAUUACACACAGACACACAAAUGUAAACACAGACAGAUAAACUACAACACGGAUACGCGGAUAUGAUUACACACAGUCACACAAAUGUAAUCACAGACACACAAACUAGAACACGGACACGUGGAUAUGAUUACACACAGACACACAAAUGUAAACACAGACACACAAACUAGAACACGGACACGUGGAUAUGAUUACACACAGACACACAAAUGUAAACACAGACACACAAACUAGAACACGGACACACUGAUCUUAUUACAGACAGACUCACAAAUGUAAACACAGACACACAAACUACAACACAGGCACGCAGGUCUUAUUACACACAGACACACAAAUGUAAACACAGACACACAAACUACAACACAGGCACGCGGGUCUUAUUACACACAGACACACAAAUGUAAACACAGACACAUAAACUACAACACGGAUACGCAGAUAUGAUUACACACAGACACACAAAUGUAAACACAGACACACAAACUAGAACACGGACACGCUGAUCUUAUUACAGACAGACUCACAAAUGUAAACACAGACACACAAACUACAACACAGGCACACGGGUCUUAUUACACACAGACACAAAUGUAAACACAGACACAUAAACUACAACACGGAUACGCAGAUAUGAUUACACACAGACACACAAAUGUAAACACAGACACACAAACUACAACACAGGCACGCGGGUCUUAUUACACACAGACACACAAAUGUAAACACAGACACAUAAACUACAACACGGACACGCGGAUAUGAUUACACACAGACACACAAACUAGAACACGGACACGCGGAUCUUAUUACAGACAGACUCACAAAUGUAAACACAGACACACAAACUACAACACAGGCACGCGGGUCUUAUUACACUCAGACACACAAAUGUAAACACAGACACAUAAACUACAACACGGAUACGCGGAUAUGAUUACACACACACACACACACACAAAUGUAAACACAGACACACAAACUAGAACACGGACACGUGGAUAUGAUUACAUACAGACACAAAAAUGUAAACACAGACACACAAACUAGAACACGGACACGCGGCUCUUAUUACAGACAGACACACAAAUGUAAACACAGACACACAAACAACAACACAGGCACGUGGGUCUUAUUACACACAGACACACAAAUGUAAACACAGACACAUAAACUACAACACGGACACGCGGAUAUGAUUACACACAGACACACAAAUGUAAACAGACACACAAACUACAACACGGACACGCGGAUCUUAUUACAGACAGACACACAAAUGUAAACACAGACACACAAACUACAACACAGGCACGCGGAUCUUAUUACACACAGACACACAAAUGUAAACACAGACACAUCAACUACAACACGGCUACGCGGAUAUGAUUACACACAGACACACAAAUGUAAACACAGACACACCAACUACAACACAGACACACGGCUCUGAUUACACACAGACACACAAAUGUAAACACAGAUACAUAAACUAGAACACAGGCACGCAGAUGUAUUACAAACAGACACAAAAAUGUAAACACGGACACACAAACUACAACAUGGACACGCGGAUCUGAUUACACACAGACACACAAAUGUAAACACAGAAACACAAACUAGAGCAUAGACAAAUUGAUCUUUUUACACAGACACACAAAUGUAAACACAGACACACAAACGAACACACAGAUCUGAUUACACACAGACACACAAAUGUAAACAUAGACACACAAACACGGACACGCGGAUUUUAUUACACACACACAGAAAUGUAAACACAGACACACAAACAGACACAAAGAUCUCAUUACACACAGACACACAAAUGUAAACACAGACACAAUCUAGAACACGGACACGCGGAUCUGAUUACACACAGACACACAAAUGUAAACACAGAUACACAAACUAGAACACGGACACGCAGAUCUGAUUACACACAGACACACAAAUGUAAACAUGGACACACAAACUAGAACAUGGACACGUGGAUCUUAUUACACACAGACACACAAAUGUAAGCACAGACACAAAAACUAGAACACAGGCACGCGGAUUUAUUACAAACAGACACAAAAAUGUAAACACAGUCACACAAACUAGAACACGGACACGUGGAUCUGAUUACACACAGACACACAAAUGUAAACACAGACACAAACUACAACACGGCUACGCGUAUAUGAUUACACACAGACACACAAAUGUAAACACAGACACACAAACUUGAACACGGACACGUGGAUAUGAUUACACACAGACACACAAAUGUAGACACAGACACACAAGCUAGAACACGGACACGCGGAUCUGAUUACACCCAGACACACACACACAGAUACGCAUUUGCCAAGUGUUUUGCUCCAAUAGUAUGUGUUUAGUGGAAGCUACCAGUCUCUAUUGUAGCAUUGACUGAAGGAGAAUUGUGUCAAGUAUGGUCAAAACAAACACGAAGUCUACAAUUUUGAAGUGUGUGUUUAUGGAAUUGUGACAUUAGACAAUGUCCGCAGGAAGGAAGGGAGGCGAAGGAUGUAUUUUUCUUUCCCAUGUUGCACUGGGGCACGGUGGGCCCACGUCGUAAACCAUUAUGAGUUGUACAUUUUUGUUUUCAAUGCCGUAACCAAGAUGUUCUGAAUGUCGUAGUGUGUAUCUUAAGUGUUCCAACAUUAGAGCACCUGUCUCACAACGAGGUAUGACGGAGCGCACGUCACUCUUUGGAAAUCAUAAUUGCACAAAAACGCAGUGAGCUGAUGAAAUACGAAGUUAUUGCUCUGCAUGAUUUGAAAUGCAUCGUUCCCCGAGGAGAGAAGAAAAUGAAUGAAACGAGCACUUAAACGGAAGGAGGUUGUCAUUGUACAGUGUAUUUGCUUGAGAGAAUUGAUCAACGAGGAAUUUGAGCAUAUUCAGAUUAAAUCCCUGUAAAGUAUUUUGAUAUUUUUGUGUGUAAAGUUAAACGGAUGGAUGAAUACAGGUUUUUGUCAAUAAAUGUAUUUUACUGAUUUGUUUUACUUUGUCUCGCGUUUCUUGAAUGAUUUUGAAGUGAAAGGAGAAACGUGCCGUUUCUGGGGGCAAUAACGUACGGUGGCCCACAGGGACAAAUGUGUCCGAACAGGAAUGAUUCAAAAACUAAUCAUUGUUAUGGUUUUACUAAGGGGACAUGACGACACAGACACCAGGGGGAAAUGUAGCUCUAUGUAUUUAUUAUAUAUAGUCACCAUAUAUAUAUAAUAAUCAAACAAUAAUAAUAUAAACUAAGGAAAUGGAGUGUGAACUACUAUCCCCGUUUCCAUAUGAGUUGGGAAAUUGUGUUAGAUGUAAAUAUAAACGGAAUAUAAUGAUUUGCAAAUCCUUUUC